GAGGCGAUCGGGGCCCGCUGCCCUCAUUGUCUGAGCGUCCCCCGCCCGCGUACGCGGUCAGCGUUGCCUCCGCUUCCCGGGGCGUCGGCUACAAACCAGGGCCUGGAAGGCUUUUGUUUGCAGCCUCUGCAGGGGCACGUUUCUGGGUAGCGCCCCCGGGCCCCUUAGAAACCUGGGGUCGGGAGAAAUCUCCUAUGACGUCAUUUGCCCUCUCAAGCCUCGCCCACCCAAAUUUGGUGCAGAUGAUGGCAUCGGCCCUCGUAACCGUGACCGCGAAUUUGCUUUGUGGAACGGGCUGGAAAGAUUCACAUUUCAAGUGUUCCCAAGGACCUUGAGAGAGGGAUGCAAAAAAAGGGGAGCCAAGAAUGACCUUCUUUUAACACCCCAUCCAGCAGGCGUUUUACUCUGAAAAGGUUUCCAGAGUGAAGCCACUCAAAAGUAACUUUACAAAUCAGCCUUUAUUUCUUCUCACAUUUCUUCUGAGAUUUGUUGUGAUGGACUCCUUUCAUGUUACUCAUGUAGGAAAAUUGCUACUAUGUUAGUAUUCACGAGGACCUCUAAUGCCUUUUGAGUUUGUUCAUAACGGAGAAUGGAGAAUGAAAAGCAAAAUUUGGCAUCUAAUGAAAAAUCCGUGCAAAAGAAAUAGAAAUGGCAGGCUUCCUAGAUAAUUUUCGGUGGCCAGAAUGUGAAUGCAUUGAUUGGAGUGAGAGAAGAAAUGCAGUUGCAUCUGUGGUAGCAGGUGUACUGUUUUUUACAGGUUGGUGGAUCAUGAUUGAUGCAGCAGUGGUAUAUCCUAAACCAGAACAAAUGAACCAUGCAUUUCAUACUUGUGGAGUAUUUUCCACGUUAGCUUUCUUCAUGAUAAAUGCUGUGUCAAAUGCACAAGUGAGAGGUGAUAGCUAUGAAAGUGGCUGUUUAGGAAGAACAGGUGCUCGAGUUUGGCUUUUCAUUGGUUUCAUGUUGAUGUUUGGUUCGCUUAUUGCUUCAAUGUGGAUUCUUUUUGGUGCAUAUGUUACUCAAAAUACUAAUGUUUAUCCAGGACUAGCUGUAUUUUUUCAAAAUGCACUUAUAUUUUUUAGUACCCUUAUCUACAAAUUUGGACGAACAGAAGAGUUAUGGGGAUAAAUCACUAAUUGCAUCAAAAACUGUUUUGUUAUAUUCUUUAUGUAUAAAAUUUUCUCUCCCAAUUUGAUUUACAUUUUGCUAGUGGAUUGUUUUACAUCAAAUGUUGUCAAAUUGUUUUCCUUUUAUGCCAGUAUCUACUUUGAUGUAGUUUCUACCCUUUAUUUCAUUGAAUAGAUUGUGAAUAUGUACAUAUAUGGAUGUAUAUAUUAUUAUAGAUGGUGGAAAAUAUCUGUUUUUAUUCUUGCACACCUAAGGCUUGAUCUGUGCUCUCUGAGCAAGGUUGCAUCAUGUCACUUUAGAACUUAUUGACAGUGCUCGUGUAUGCUGUAUCUAACUACUGAAGAUGUGCAAAAAUAAAUUGGUGAAUAUCUGAAAUCAGCACUGACCCGUUAGUUAGGAAGGACAUUUCAAUAAGUUGUAUUUGUUUUGGCAAAGAAAAUGAGCGUGUUUUGGUUUUUUCUUUUUAAUGCUUGCUUGCAUUAAAGUGGAAGAUAAAUGUAUAUGAAGAUUUUUUAAAUACCCAAAGGACUAAUUUGGAAAUAACUCUUGAAGAAAAAAUGUUUCUGAAUGGCAAGACUUUGAAAUGGGGUAGUGUACAACUAAUUAGCUUAGAUUUAAUGUGGUUAAAGUAAAAUGACCACAAAACUUGGCAGCAUAAUUCUUAGAAAAUACAAGUAAAAUAGUCUGUGUAUUGUGCUUUUCUUUUUACAAUCUAUAGAUUAUAUGACAGCAUUGCUUAAGCUCAUGUUAAAGCAAAUUGGCUUGAAAGAAUCAAGAUUUAAGAGCGCAGAGUAGUACAACAGAUACUUUUACUGUAAUAGAAGGUAUGGGGAAAACAUUAAAAAAUAAAGUUUUCCUUUCAAAAGGGUACUGCCACUAUGUCGUUUAAGAAAUAAGCGUUCUAUUCACUUAUUUGCAAGACUGAAAGGCCCUCUUUUAAUGUAUUCAUUGAGCUUUGGGUAAACUGUUGUAAAGUACAUUUAGAAAAUUUUGCAGGCAUGUAUUAUAUUACAAUCAUAGCUCUAAUUUAUUGAGUUGUAUUAGCUAAGUAAGCACAAAUACACAGUGUAGUCUCAAGGGAAUUGUUUGAAUAUUGUCACCAUCUUCUAUUGCACUCUCACUUGUUACAUAGGUUUUGGUUGUACUUUAUUUUUCCCUAGUUUUACAAAUUAUUUUUCUUGUCUCUAAGACAGACUCUAAAAACAAAUAGCAUUAAAAUGCAGCUUUAAAAAUAUCUUUCCUGAGAGUUUCCUUUGCACAGAAUAUGAAGCAAAUUGUGGACAGCUGUGCUAUUGUCUACACUUAAUGCUGUUUACUACUGUUUGUGUCCUUUUGUUUAAAAACCUUGGCAACCUUUUUGUUUUCUUAAACCAUAGAACUAGCAUCUUUGAAGUCCCUUUUUAUGUCCCCUUGGUUGUAACUUAUUUUAAAUACAAUAAAUAUUUCUUUUAAGGGUGGUUUGUUAAAUUUAUGUGACCAAAAAUGUAUUUUGAAAAUUGUUUUAUUAGUCAUUUAAACAAAUAAGUGGCUAAAAGACGAAGCUUAUAUAAAAACAAAUAAAAAGUGCAUGUGUUCUCAGCACUUCUGGAGUA